AGCGGUCGUGUCAAAUGAAUGAUGAAUGCUUUGGGCGAGCAUUUUCGCGUACAAAAAUUGAUUAUUUCUAAUUAAAUUAGUGUAAAUCAUAAAGUUGGCGAUGCAAGUUAUAAGUGAGCCAUGCGUAUAAAUAUUGUGCUUUUAAUCUUUAUAGUGACUACAAAAUAGGGGGUGUAUUAGAAAAUUAAAAAUGGCUUCGGGAGACAGUGAUCAUAUAGAAGUGAUGGAUAGUUCAAUUGUUAAAAAGACUGAAAUAGCGACAGAUCAGUCGGGGCUGGAAGACGACGAUCACGACAGGGUAUCAGAGAAAAAUGUACCUUACGACCCUGCCGUGGGCCCGCUGGGCGCGAUCAGCAAAGUCCACAAGUCGGACAGGAAGAUCGGGCACCGGCGAGUCGGGGAGGGUGGAGAGAUCACGUACAAGAAGAUCCAGUCGUCGCAGAUUAUGGGCUCCAUACAGCUUGGAAUCCAGCACGCGAUCGGCGGGUUGGCUUCGAAGCCGGAGCGCGACCUGCUCAUGCAGGACUUCAUGACGGUGGAGACGACCAACUUCCCCCACGAGGGCUCCAACCACACGCCCGCCCAUCACUACUCCGAGUUCAAGUUCAAGACGUACGCGCCCAUCGCGUUCAGAUACUUCCGCGAUCUGUUCGGCAUACAGCCGGACGAUUUUCUGAUGUCUAUGUGCAGCGCGCCGCUCCGCGAGCUUUCGAACCCCGGCGCGUCGGGCUCCAUCUUCUACCUGACCAACGACGACGAGUUCAUCAUCAAGACCGUGCAGCACAAGGAGGGCGAGUUCCUGCAGAAGCUGCUGCCCGGAUACUACUUAAACCUGGAUCAGAACCCACGCACGCUACUACCAAAGUUCUUCGGCUUGUACUGCUACCAGUGCAACAGUAAAAACGUCCGCCUCGUCGCCAUGAACAACCUGCUGCCCUCCUCCGUCAAACUACACCAGAAGUACGAUCUGAAGGGCUCCACUUACAAGAGAAAGGCGAGUAAAUCGGAGCGUCAGAAGCGGUCGCCAACGUACAAGGACCUGGACUUUAUGGAGCACCACACGGAGGGCAUAUUCCUGGAGGCGGACACCUACAACGCCCUCAUCAAGACCAUGCAGAGGGACUGCAGAGUUCUUGAGAGUUUUAAGAUAAUGGACUACUCCCUGCUAGUCGGUAUCCACAACCUUGACGAGGCGCAGCGAGAGAAGACGGAGGAGAGGAACCGGACGGAGUCGGGACAGAGUGACGACGAGGACGGCGAGCCCAAGAAGAGCGGACUUAAUCGGACCAGAUCGGAACAAAGAAAGGAAGAUUUCCGGACGCAAGUAAAAAGGACACAGUCCAUAAACCGGCAGCGGCUUGUAGCGCACUCCACCGCCAUGGAGAGUAUACAAGCGGAGAGCGAGCCCAUCGACGAAGAGGAGGAUGUCCCGCCCGGCGGUAUCCCCGCGCGCAACGCCCGCGGCGAGCGGCUGCUUCUGUUCCUCGGCAUCAUCGACAUCCUGCAGUCGUAUCGCCUGCGCAAGAAGCUCGAGCACACGUGGAAGAGUAUGAUACACGACGGGGACACAGUUUCUGUACACAGGCCGAGUUUUUACGCUCAAAGAUUCCUCGAUUUUAUGGGGAAGACUGUGUUCAAGAAGAUACCUUCGUUGGACCUACCGGAGAUCAAAGGGAACCACCGCAAGUUUCGAACGUUGGUCACGAGCUACAUAGGUCUGACACUCAAACACUCGCCCUCGAAGAGAAAGAGCAUCGCCAAGCCAUCGACGAGACCCGCGGAAGAAAUCGAUAACACAGGAAGCAAAGUCAUCGGGCGACCGAUAAAGGACUAUAACCCGGACUAUAUGAGGCAGAGAUUGUCACCUAGGUCUUCGCUGAGAUCUAGUAUGAGCGAUUUUACAGACACCACGAUAUCCACGUGGAACCAGAGGCACCAGCUGCCCACCGAGUAUCCCUCUGUCUUGUCGGACAGAACCAAAACUAUGGAUAGGCUCCCGUUCCCCCGGCGGAUAGAUUUCGACAUGUCGAAUUUAAUUCGCGAGCCGGGGACGUCGUACGCGGACAAUGCGUACAGAUCGUCCUUGAUACAGGACAGAAUGGAGUCGCUCUCGGAUCAGCUGACCAAGGUGCUGAGCACCGGCGCGGGCAGCUCGCAUAUAUACAACGGGAGCAUUGCGGACAGCGGCAUACAAACGGACAACACCAGUACCAGCGUCCCUCAAAUAUACAUAGCGGAGACUACCACGCAGGUCAUCUCUGGCGGUAAAAUUUUAAAGGAUGCAUCAGUCGACACUAGAAACGAGAAUAACUAUCAAGAAAUUCCGUUUAUAGACGAGGACGACGACGACAGGUGGAGGCGACGAACCAACAUUUCCAAGCAUCGAAGCAUGACCAACAUACCGGAAAAGAUAGACGAGGUCAGCUCCAAGGAACAUUCCAACGAGAGGCUCUCGAGUAGCCUCAACAGAGCGAAGUCCCCGACAUUCGUGGAAAAGUUUAAGCAGUUCUUCGUCGACAUCGGGCUGGUUAAAGCCGAGAGCACGCCGAUAACCCCAACUAGGGAUACCAAUACGCUCCCAAAGAAUAUGAACUCUAGUUUUAGAACGCGGAGUGCGACGCCAACUAUGACGGUUGAGGCGAGGGACGCGUCGACUCUACCCAAGGAUAUGCGCUUUAGGAAAGUACGGUCCACUCAAACGGUGUACAUCAAACCGGACUCGCCCCUGACGGUUCGAAGCGACGUCGAGAUGAGAGUCAAAGAACACGUCUCAGUCAUUCAACUGAACGGCGAGGAGCAAAUCAGAGAUUCGAAGUCCGAAACGUUCAUAACCAAAGUCGACUACGUCAAGAGUAUAGGCAACGCGGCGAUUUACACGACUAAAGAUAGCGGGAGUACUAUAAUAAAAGUACCCGCGGAUUGAGAACUGUAUCGG